AUGCAGCUCGGACGUCAUCUUCGUGCUUAUUCGAAACUCACCUAUGUGCGUUGCUUCUCCAAAGCGACGCGCACAAGAAAACAAAUGAUUCUCACAGAGCUCAAAGAGGUUGGUAAACUUACAGUUGGAGGCGUUGCAUUGAUGUCAGCGCUCGUAGUGUCUGGAGGCUUCGUGAUCGAGACAGUCAAGACACUGAACCCUUUGGUGCCACCAGGAGUCAUGCUGCAAAUUUCAGAUUCACAUGGAAAAUCAUCUGAUGUUCACGUCCAAUAUUGCGGCGAUGGAGAUGUAACAAUUAUAUUUGAUGGCGGAGUAGGGGAGACAUCUUUUGACUGGGACAAAGUGGUAGUUGACGUGGCCAAAUUCGCUACUGUCAUCGCCAUUGAUCGCCCUGGCUUAGGCUUCUCGAAGCCUGGAAAGCUACCUCGAACAUCCAGUCAAAUUGCCAGCGAGUAUAGUCAGAUCUUAGAGCAGCUCAAUGUUAAUGGGAAGUUAAUUCUAGUGGGCCAUGGAGCCGGAGGGUAUAACAUGCGAGAGUUGGCGCAGAAUUUGAAUGCAUCAGGAUGCGGCUUCGAGUGUCAAGGAAUUGUACUCGUAGACGCUCUCGAAGAAAACCUACGUUUUGACCUGGAGAGCAUCUCGGAUGCUGUGCACAAAUCUCUAGCGGAAAUGGACAGAAAUGGUGAGAUGGUACUAUUCCUGGCGCGCUUUGGUUUCAUUCGACUGAUCAACGUCGUGCAACACGCCAAGAUGGUAGGAAAAUAUUCCCCCGCUGCAUUACCAUAUGUCGAGUACUUUUCUCCCUCUCCAGCUCACCGAGAAGGAGCACUUCGUGAGAACCAGUCGCUUUCUAUAACUGAGCAACGCUUUCGAGAUGCAAUUGGACAGACACAAUUUGACUUCCCUUGUGUUGUGCUCUCACACGGAAAAGCUGGAAUGUUCGACAGUAUGAAAUUGCAGGCGGGUGUUACGCCUCAGACCCUGGUAGAACUAGAGCGCAGGUGGCUUGACGCACAAAAAAGGUUGGCCACAAAUGUAAGCGGGCGCAGUGUGCAUCGUGUGAUUCACGAUGCUGGUCAUUGUAUUCCCCAUGAAAAGCCUGAAGAGAUCACGAAGGCUGUUCGGGCCUUGAUAGAUGAGAUUCAAGGAAACGGUGAGGGUCAUCGCGGUCUUGCGUCCUUAACGAAUGCUUAA